CCAACAAAACACAAACCUUAUUCAUCAUUCAACAUGCAGACAUCACUUCUUCACGAGCUAGUUGUUCCAAUCAUACAUGACCAGUUUCAAAAGUCGGAUAACAGAUACUUACUUCAUUCUGCCUCUCAUCCAUGUCAAUAUCCAUCUAAACAUCAAAGCAAAUGUAGAGCAAGUUCUAACCAAAAAAAGCGCCGCAGGAAGGCAGAUAGUAAUUCUGAAACUUCAGCGAGACUUGGGACAAACAUAUCUGAAACUAUUAAAAGGAAGUUGAGCUUAGGAGCAAGAAUUCUUCAAGUGGGUGGAGAGGAGAAAAUGUUCAUGAAGUAUUUUAGUGUGAUCAAGGGGGAGAGGCUGUUGAAAGUUUGCCAUUGUUAAUAUACAUAUCCACUGAAAAGGUUGCCUUUUGCAGUGACAGAUCAAUAAAAGUGAUAACCAACAAGACAUGCUAUGGAAAAGAGAUUUUAGGCUGUGUUUUAAAAGGGGGGACUUUGUGGACAGUAUUGAUCAUUCAGAAGCAGAAAACAUAUUGCGGAAUUUGGGCUUUCGGCAUUUCCCCCAAGUUUGACUAGUGGACACAUAUGCACAUGGUUCAUUCAAAUCUUCUCAAAUGUAGACAUGGUUGUCAACAUAGUGUUGGUAAAUUUAUGGAUGCAAGAGAUCGAUGGAUGGUAGCAAACAAGAUCGAAGGACAGUAGAUAGAAAGAUUAAGCAAAACUAUUAGAAGUUAAAUUUCAAGCACAAUUACUUAACAUGUUAAUUACGUGCAUGUUUUCAGGAACUUUCGAAAUGUAU